CCUGCCUGGAAAAAAAGAAACUCCUCCCCAGACCUGGCGCUCCCAUUGUAGCCUAUACUUCCUCAAAAUUCAACAGAUAUAAACUCACACACUGUCCUACUUUGACAGUAGAGGAAGACGGCGUCAGACUCAAAGGACCUCACCAAACUCUUUGACUUUUGGACUUAAGGAUGUUGCAGUGUGUGUGCGUGUUGCUGCUGGCGGCCUCAGCGCUGGGCCACCUGGAUGAAGCCUCUCUGGACAUCCAGUGGGAACAGUGGAAGGUCACACACACGAAAGAAUACAAUGGCCUGGAUGAAGAGGGGAUUCGCAAGGCCAUCUGGGAGAAGAACAUGCGUAUGAUUGAAGCCCACAACCAGGAGGCAGCACUGGGCAUGCACUCCUACGAGCUGGGGAUGAACCACCUGGGCGACAUGACGUCAGAGGAAGUGGCCGAGAAGAUGACCGGCCUGCAGGUGCCGAUGACCCACGAGCGCAGCUUCACGAUGGCUCUGGACGACAGCGUGUCCAAGCUUCCCAAAUCUGUUGACUACCGCAAGAAGGGCAUGGUGACUUCAGUGAAGAACCAGGGUUCCUGUGGCUCCUGUUGGGCCUUCAGCUCGGCUGGGGCCAUCGAGGGCCAGUUGGCCAAGAAGACGGGUCAGCUGCUGGACCUCAGUCCCCAGAACCUGGUGGACUGCGUCACAGAGAACGACGGCUGUGGAGGAGGAUACAUGACUAACGCCUUCAAGUACGUGCAGGAAAACGGAGGCAUCGACUCUGAGGUGGCCUACCCGUACAUCGGAGAGGAUCAGCCGUGCCGCUACAAUUCAUCAGGCAUGGCAGCCCAGUGCAAAGGCUACAAGGAGGUCCCAGUGGGCAACGAGCACGCGCUGGCUGUCGCACUGUUUAAAGUGGGCCCAGUAUCUGUGGGCAUCGACGCCACGCUGAGCAGCUUCCAGUUCUACAGCAAAGGUGUUUACUACGACCGCAACUGUAACAAAGACGACAUCAAUCACGCAGUGCUGGCAGUGGGCUAUGGAGUGAACACCAAGGGGAAGAAGUACUGGAUCGUCAAGAACAGCUGGGGCGAGAGCUGGGGCAGAAACGGCUACAUCCUGAUGGCACGUAACCGUGGCAACCUCUGCGGCAUCGCCAACCUCGCCAGCUACCCCAUCAUGUGAGGAGAGGAAGACAAGGGUGGACGAAGGGGCUUUGCUUAGACUACUACACACAAAUACACUUGGAAAUAUACGCAGAGUUCAUUCCAACAUGUCAGCAACCACUACAAAAAAAUAAUAAACUUUGUUUACGCUGAUCUUUCAAACAGUAACUAUAUUUUGGAUUACCCAUAAAAUAAAAAUAAAUUCGAGUUCGUCCAGUGACGAAAAGGGCUAAAUGCUGUGGAUUCUUGGAUUCCAAUGUCCCUAUAAAUGUCUGAAUAGGUUUUCUUGAGUUAUUUGAAGCACUUUAAACCCCUUAAGUCUUUUCAGUUUGAUCUCCAAACCAGCAGAUCUCCUCUGUGCUCUGCUCCAUAAACAAUUACAUGCAGUUUUAGUACCUCCACGGUAUGGUGUUAGUAACCCUAACCCAGAUCACAAGUUGGUUUGGUGCCAAAGUGCCAAGUUAAAUCUACAAACCCACCAGGCACAAACAACAGUUUCACAGAAUUUGACUGGUAGUCGGUGACGGUUUCAGCCCAAGCUUUAAUUCCAGUUUGUGUAAAAACUAACAGAGUUUAAAUUCAGUGAAACAGGAAACAUUGCUGGGCAAUGGGACCUUUGUUGUUGUUGUUCUGUUCAGCACUUUUUUGAUGAUCUAAUUGUAAACUAAUGUUUUCUAUGUAAUUGAAUAAAGGUUUCAUUUUGAAGUUGAA